GUAAGGACCUUUCGCAGCUGAACACGACUAGUGCAGGAAGUGGAGCACAGGCAUGGAUCAGCUUCUAGCAGGGGUGUGGCCUGGGCUUUCUGCCCUCCUCUGAUUCCAGCAACUCCUGAGGGACUAAGCGAGCACUCCCUAGUUGAAAAGAGAGGGUCAGUGUGAAGGCUCAGGCAGCUGGGCCAAGUCUGCUGGGAGAGCACGAGGGACACACCUGCUGGUGAGUGCUUGCUGCCCCGCUAUCAGUUAACGUGGCAGGCACAGUGCAGACUUCAGUCAAGGGCGUGGGCGAAGGGCAUGUUUGAGACAGGUGUGUGAGUGAGGACUGCGCUGAACACUCUGGCUUCUCACACCUGAGAAGCUCUGCUAGGUGUUCAAAUUACGGAAAUACGCUCAUGCCAGUGCAGCUCUGCCAGGAGGAAGCUCGGGGCAGGAGCCGGGCCAAGCAACAGUUGGCACGAUAUGGAGCGUCGGGGCAAGAUGGAAUUUUUCCAGAAACUGGGCUACAGCCAGGAGGACGUGGUCAGGGUGCUGGGCAAACUGGGUGACGGUGCCUUGGUCAAUGACGUGCUGCAAGAGUUGAUCCAGACCGGCAGCCGCCCAAAGGCCCAGGAGGAUCCAGCCAAUGGCACCGGGAUAGUGCUGAUGCCUCGGGGAUGCUGCGGGGUUCGAGACUCUGCCCAGCAGGGCCUGGGACUAGGCCUAGAAGAGGCUGGCGGAGAUCCAGCCAGCUUCCUGCGGCCCAUCGUGAUCGAUGGCAGCAAUGUGGCUAUGAGUCAUGGAAAUAAAGAAGCCUUCUCUUGCCGGGGAAUUCGUCUGGCCGUGGACUGGUUCAGGGACAGAGGACACACCUACAUCAAGGUUUUUGUCCCAUCUUGGAGGAAAGAGCCAUCAAGGUCUGAUACUCCUAUCAGAGAACAGCACGUGCUGGAGGAACUGGAGCGACAGGCUGUGCUGGUGUACACCCCAUCCCGCAAGGUGAACGGCAAGCGAGUGGUCUGCUACGACGAUCGCUACAUCGUGAAGCUGGCCUAUGAGAAGGAUGGCGUCAUUGUCUCCAAUGACAACUACCGGGACCUGCAGAAUGAGAACCCGGAGUGGAAAUGGUUCAUUGAGCAGCGGCUACUCAUGUUCUCCUUUGUAAAUGACAGGUUCAUGCCUCCUGAUGACCCCCUCGGCCGCCGAGGACCAACACUAAGCAAUUUCCUAAGCAAGAAGCCAAGGCCCCCAGAGCCAUCCUGGCAGCACUGUCCCUAUGGCAAGAAAUGCACCUACGGGGUCAAGUGCAGAUUCUACCACCCCGAGAGACCGCACCAAGGGCAGCUGCCGGUGGCAGACGAACUCCGUGCCAAGACGCGGGCUUGGCCGGGUGGUGGCGCCGGGGAGUCGCGGCCACCGAGCUCCCGGAGCCGUCCCGGAGCAGCCCGGCCGCUUCCCCCAGAGCCCGGCGCGCACAACCUCCCGCCGGCCCCGCAGCCCGCAGCCCUGGCAGCCCUGAACCGGAGCUUCGCUCGGCUGACCUUCAGCGACACCGCGGCCAGUGGCGUCGUGUCCCUGUCGCGUGGGCCGGACCGGAUGCCCACGAGUGGUCCCACGUCCUGGGCCCCGCCAUCCCUUCGCGCGGGCAGCGUUGCCACCCCAGGGUCGCCGGGUCUGCGGUGCCUCCGGACUCCGAACAGCCUGCUCUCUCCGGGCGAUCUCAGGUCCCCAAUCUGCCCACAAUCCCAGCCGUCGGACGGACACUGUUCCAGGGGCACGCACAGUGACCUGCCUCCCCAGCACAGACCGCCGGAAGACCCGUGGGCCUUCCUGCCCAGCUCCUAUGGUUAUUUGAGUCACUCGGCUUGGGCUGAGUCGGCUUGGAGCGAGAACACCUUUGGAAGACCUUCGGGGUCAGCACAAUCCACCAUCAACAGUGGGGGAACUCACGCUUCGCUCUGCAGCGCCUUCCCAUCUGACCGAGAGGACCCUGUUAUGGCCUCGGAUCCUGUGCUCUCAGACAUGGCCCUGCGCACCCUCCUGCAGAGAUCCCAAAAGACUGGUGCUCCGUUGGGGGAUCCUUAGGGGACAGGUUCAUAACACUGCAAUGGGUGGUGGCCCAGGCUUGACUCUCUGCUUGGGUAGGUGGGAUACAAGAUGCUUGUUAAUUUGGAUGUGUCCCUGCAGUUGAACGACAUUUUUUAAAGGUGGUCGGUGGGAGCUUUCUCAAUCCUCAGUGGUGGAUACCCGUGGGGAUCUUGGGGAUGCUCUCUGAAGCCAGGGUCUGCUUCGUGAGCAGGAUGAUUUCUGAUGUAUUUGGAAGGCUUUGUCCAGAGCACAUCUGAAUCCGGUUCUAACUAGCAUCCAAAAAUGUUUCAGCUGGUCAUCACCGCUAGCCAAGGUGAUUGACCUGAGUUUGACAUAAACUCUUGGUGUGUGUGUGUGUGUGUGUGUGUGUGUGUGUGUGUGUGUGUGUGUGUGUGUGUGUGUGUUUAGAAUUCUAGAAACCCAGGAGAACUUAACAUGUCGUUGUAGUUGAAAGAUUGAAAAAGGCUGGUAAAUCAGUCUUGACUUUUGUGGUGUCAAAUGAUGUUUAACACGUAUUCAGGUGACACAGGAAGGAAGGAAGUAUUGCUGUCUGGAGUUUUCAAGUCACUAUUGCUAAUCUCACUCAUAGGGGAAACUCAGCCUGUGUAAAUUUUACUGUGGGGUUGUCCCAGGGGAACUUGAUCCUACGGGUCUCCUCACUGGGUUUUUAUUCUUUUUGUACAUACAUACCAUAUUACUGAAACAUCACAACACACACGCACACGCACACGC